AUGUCGGCUGGACUGUUAGAACCAUUACCUAUUCUAGAGAGACCUUGGGAAAGCAUUUCCAUGGACUUCAUCAUGGGUCUACCCAAGUCAGAUGGAUGCAGCAUUCUUAUGGUGGUGGUUGACCGGUUCUCUAAAUACGGCAUUUUCACUCCAUCCCCAGCCAAGUGUCCAGCCGAGGUUAUAAGGGAAAUAGCCCAGCCGCUUCAGCAACCACUCACUCCAAAUGCUAUUGCUACAGGUUAUAAGGGAAAUAGCCCAGCCGCUUACCGAUUUUCUAAGGGGUGGCAAGAUCAGAACGAAUUAGCACGCUCGUGCUUGAACAAGGCGGCAAAGAAGAUGAAGAAAUGGGCCGACAAGAAGCGAAGGCAUAUGGAGUAUCAAGUUGGAGACUUGGUCCUUGUCAAGCUUUCUACAUUAGAUCGACAUAAAGGGCAACACAAGAGCUUGAUACGCAAGUAUGAGGGAAAAUUUCCAAUCGAUAAGAGAGUGGGGAACGUGGCUUACAGGGUAAAGCUUCCCCCAACUGUGAAGUAUCAUCCAGUCUUCCAUGUGAGCAUGUUAAAACCAUAUCAUCAAGAUACGGAAGAUCCAGAUAGAGGAAAUUCUAGUCGAGCGCCAAUAGGGAUUAGUAUGGAGUUCGACAAGGAGGCCGAAGAAAUUCUUACGGAUAGGACGGUUCGUGAAGCCAACAACCACCCGAGGUUAGAGUACUUUGUGAAGUGGAAAGGCUUACCCGAUAGUGAGAACAGUUGGGAACCUGCGCGAUCCUUGUGGCAGUUUGAAGACUUGAUCGAGAAGUUUCGCCAGGAGAAGACUAAGCGAUGA